AUGCGCAAAAUCAAGCAGGCGAUCAUAAGGAUUGUUAGUAUUACUUUAAGUUAUGGACAAUAUUCAGCGCGGAAUACGUAUAACGGGCGUGAUUCAUUAAGAUUACCAGGAAAAGAGUGUAAUGAUUAUGUGAGGAGUGAAGUGUCUGCGCAAAUUCUUGCUUUUGAUCAGACUUAUUACGUCAUUUAG